UAAAACGAAAACCAAAAGCCCUCUUCUUCAUCUUGCUGCCUAGUUCAUGCACUAUACACUGUGCAUCAUCAUCAUGUUGAUUAUGGUGUAACUCUAGUGUCUUAGUUUCAAUGAACGCUAUUCCAAGCCUUGUCUUUCUCAAUUUUAUAAGGUAAUAAUCGAUUAUCGCAAACCUAAACUAAACUCUUCAAGGUCGUCAAUGGCGGUUUCCGAAGAAGAAUGCUCUUCUGCUAAGCCAGGCUCGUCUUCAUCUUCAUCUUCCUCCACCGCGCCCUACUUCCUUAGCAAGUGUGUUCUCAGAGGAAGCGUAGUUCUUCAGGUUCUAUACGCUCACAUCCGUUCUCCUUCCUCCAAUGACGUCGUUUUUGGCAAGGAGACAUCUAUAGAAUUGGUGGUUAUUGGUGAGGAUGGGAAUUUACAAUCUGUGUGUGAUCAGCCUGUUUUUGGAACCAUUAAAGAUCUUGCCAUAUUGCCUUGGAAUGAGAAAUUUCGUUCGCGGGAUCCACAGAUGUGGGGUAAAGACCUUUUGGUUGCUAUAUCUGAUUCUGGGAAGCUGUCAUUGCUCACAUUUUGCAAUGAAAUGCACAGGUUUUUUCCUGUAAAACAUGUUCAGCUAUCUAAUCCUGGAAAUACAAGGGAUCUUCCUGGAAGAAUGCUAGCAGUUGAUUCCAGUGGUUGUUUUAUUGCUGCCAGUGCAUAUGAAGAUCGGCUGGCUCUGUUUUCUAUGUCAAUGACUAGCAGUGAUAUCAUUGAUGAGAGAAUAAUAUAUCCUUCUGAAAGUGAAGGGACUUCAAGUACUUCCAGAAGCAUACAGAGGACCAGGAUGCGUGGUACUAUUUGGAGCAUGUGCUUUAUUUCACAAGAUUCCAGACAACCAAACAAGGAGCAUAAUCCUUUACUUGCUGUUAUUCUAAAUAGGAGGGGAGCACUUUUGAAUGAAUUGCUAUUAUUGGAAUGGAAUGUUAAAGCACGUACAAUCUUUAUUAUUUCUCAGUAUGUUGAACCUGGGCCUCUAGCACAUAACAUUGUUGAAGUUCCUAACUCUCAGGGACUUGCAUUUCUAUUCAGGGCUGGUGAUGUUCUCUUAAUGGAUUUUAGAGAUCCUCACAAGCCAUGUUGUGUCUAUAGGACUAACUUAAACUUUUUACCCAAUGCCAUGGAAGAGCACACUUAUAUGGAAGACUCUUGUAAAUUGCAUGACGUAGAUGAUGAACGUUUUAGUGUUGCUGCCUGUGCUUUGUUGGAGCUGCGUGACUAUGAUCCUAUGUGCAUAGACAGUGACGAUGGCAGUACUAAUUCAGCUUAUAAGUACAUAUGUUCGUGGAGUUGGGAACCUGAAAAUAAUAAAGAUCCUAGGAUGAUCUUCUGUGUAGAUACUGGAGAAUUUUUUAUGAUUGAAAUUCUUUCUGAUUCUGAUGGCUUUAAAGUUAAUCUCUCUGAGUGUCUCUAUAAAGGUCUACCCUGUAAAGCACUUUUGUGGGUUGAAGGUGGAUAUCUAGCUGCCCUUGUAGAAAUGGGGGAUGGUGUGCUCCUGAAAUUGGAAGAUGGAAGGCUAUGCUAUACAAGCCCCAUUCAGAACAUUGCACCAAUCUUGGAUAUGGCAGUUGUGGAUUAUCAUGAUGAGAAGCAUGAUCAAAUGUUUGCUUGCUGUGGUGUGGCACCUGAGGGGUCAAUAAGGAUUAUUCGAAGUGGUAUCAGUGUAGAAAAGUUACAUAGGACUGCUUCUAUAUAUCAAGGAGUAGCUGGUACUUGGACUGUUCGAAUGAAAGUUGCUGAUUCAUACCAUUCUUUUCUAGUUCUAUCAUUUGUUGAGGAGACUAGAAUAUUGUCAGUUGGCUUAAGGUUUACUGAUGUGACUGAUUCAGUUGGUUUCCAACCUAAUGUCUGUACUUUGGCAUGUGGCCUUGUGAGUGAUGGUUUGCUUGUUCAGAUCCACCAAACUACUGUUAGGCUUUGUUUGCCUACUAAAGCUGCUCAUUCUGAAGGUAUCCCUUUGUCCUCUCCUAUUUGCACAUCUUGGACCCCAUACAAUGUGAAUAUCAGUUUGGGGGCAGUUGGGCAUAAUUUUAUAGUUGUGUCAACCUCUAACCCAUGCUUUUUGUUUAUCCUUGGGGUUAGAUUGCUAUCAGCUUAUCAAUAUGAAAUUUAUGAAAUGCAACGUUUGGUACUGCAGAACGAAUUGUCAUGCAUUUCCAUCCCUAGACCAAAAAUUGAGGAAAAACAAUCAAAUUCAUCCGUUUCAGCAAAUAAUAGCUGCAUCUCUUCCUUUCUAAGUGGAGUGGACAUAAAUAAAACCUUUGUUAUUGGCACACAUAGGCCUUCUGUGGAGAUUUGGUUUUUUGCACCAGAUGGAGGAAUUAGGGUAGUUGCUUGUGGGACAAUUUCAUUAACAAAUACUAUGGGGACAGCUAUAAGUGGUUGUGUACCCCAGGAUGUACGGCUUGUAUUUGUUGAUAAAUAUUAUCUUCUUGCUGGAUUGAGGAAUGGAAUGCUCCUUCGCUUUGAGUGGCCGGCAGAACCAUAUGCUUCGUCAACAAUAAAUGUGGUGGAUACUGCUUUAUCUUCUAUAAAUUUGGUAAAUUCUGUGACUGAUGCUUUUGACAAGAGAAGUGACCUUCCUUCUACGCUUCAAUUGAUUGCCAUUCGUCGCAUUGGUGUUACUCCGGUUUUCUUGGUGUCCCUGGGUGACACACUUGAUGCUGAUAUAAUUGUUCUGAGUGAUAGGCCUUGGUUGUUGCAUAGUGCAAGACACAGCCUUUCCUAUACUUCUAUCUCAUUUCAACCAUCCACACACGUGACUCCUGUUUGCUCUGUUGAGUGUCCAAAAGGAAUAUUAUUUGUUGCAGAAAACAGUUUAAAUCUGGUGGAGAUGGUCCAUAGCAAGAGACUUAAUGUGCAGAAGUUUCAUUUAGAGGGCACUCCACGGAAGGUCCUGUAUCACAAUGAAAGCCGAAUGUUGCUUGUGAUGAGGACUGAACUGAAUUGUGGUACAUGUUUGUCUGACAUAUGUUGUGUGGAUCCCCUAAGUGGGUCAGUAUUGUCAUCUUUUAGACUUGAACUUGGAGAAACGGGAAAAUCCAUGGAACUAGUAAAGGUUGGAAGUGAGCAGGUGCUUGUGGUUGGAACUAGUCUGUCUUGUGGUCCAGCCAUAAUGCCCAGUGGUGAAGCUGAGAGUACCAAGGGUCGUCUUCUUGUUCUUUGCCUUGAUCAUGUGCAAAAUUCAGAUAGUGGUUCAAUGACAUUCUGUUCAAAGUCAGGGUCAUUGUCUCAAAAAACUUCACCAUUCCAUGAGACUAUUGCUUAUGCUCAUGAACAGCUAUCAAGCAGUAGCCUUGGCAGCAGCCCUGAUGAUAAUAGUUCUGAUGGCAUCAAACUUGAUGAAAAUGAAGUAUGGCAGUUCCGAUUGGCUUAUGCAAAUACAUGGCAGGGAAUGGUACUUGCAAUAUGUCCUUAUCUUGAUAGUUACUUUUUGGCAUCUGCUGGCAAUGCUUUCUAUGUUUGUGGUUUCCCAAAUGGCAAUCCCCAAAGAGUGAGAAAGUUUGCUAUUGGAAAGACGCGUUUCACGAUAACAUCUUUGACUGCACAUUUUACUAGAAUUGCAGUUGGUGAUUGCCGUGAUGGUAUCCUUUUCUUUUCUUACCAUGAGGAAGCAAGAAAAUUGGAGCAACAGUACUCUGACCCAUCACUGAGGCUAGUUGCUGAUUGCAUUCUCAUGGAUCCUCAUACAGCUGUUGUUUCAGAUCGUAAAGGAAGCUUUGCUAUUUUAUGUUCAGAUCAUUUGGAAGGUGACUUUAGAGGGAUGCAAUAUGUCAGCAAUGCAAGUACAGAAUGCAACUUGACACUAAGCUGUGCUUAUUUCAUGGCUGAAGUAGCUAUGAGCAUAAGGAAGGGCUCAUAUUCAUACAGACUUCCUGCUGAUGAUGUUUUGCAAGGUGGCAAUGGCCCCAAGACAAACGUUGACUCACUACAAAAUACUAUCAUUGCUAGUACUCUGUUAGGAAGCAUAAUGAUCUUCAUUCCUUUAUCAAGGGAAGAAUAUGAGCUCUUAGAAGCUGUGCAAGCAAGACUUGUUGUCCAUCAUUUGACUGCACCUGUUCUGGGAAAUGAUCAUAAUGAGUUUCGUAGCCGGGAAAAUCCAGUUGGAAUACCCAAGAUACUUGAUGGUGAUAUGUUGACUCAGUUUCUGGAGCUAACAAGUAUGCAGCAAAAGAUCAUUUUGUCUUCGGAGCCACCAGAUAUGGGAAAACCAAGUUUGAAACCACUCCUACCUCCACAUGUUCCUGUCAAUCAGGUGGUUCAACUUCUUGAACGAGUUCACUAUGCACUGAACUAAAUACCCAUUUCUUGGCCCGCUUUUUCUUUUUACCAACGGUACGUGGAAAGCGGAAUAUCCAUGCAGUUCUGACCAAUUUGUCCAUCAAUGGUUGUCUGUUAUGGAACAUGAACCAGUUACAACAUGAGGACAAAUUAUUAACGUGUGGUUAUCCGCAACUAAUUGUGCAAAGGUAACAAUCACGGAGGAUCCUGGUUGUGUGUCUUGGACAACAGCUGCACAGUUGGGCGAGAUUGCUGUCCUCUUCCGUAACAGAUAGUCCCUUGUCUUUGUAUUUGUUUUAAUAUCAGAAAUUAUACGGUAGGAAAUGGUCUGUGGUGCAAUAAAUUGUACAUUUUAGUUAAAUUAGUGAGAGGAGCAUUCUUUUUUAGGUAUUUUUUUUUAAAAUUUAAACAGUAAUAAUUUUGUACAUUUAAUAAAAAAAUAUU